AUGCCGGCGUACGAGAACGACGAUGGGAAAACGUCGUGGUACUCUCGGAUGAGGUCACGAACUGCGGGCUCCAAGUCAGCCGUAUAUCGUUCGAGUUCCUCAGCGUUAGCGUUAGCGCGCGACGGCGGGGUGGACUCGACGGACGGCGGAGGGACGAAAGUAGAGAUGGUAGCCAUGGAGAUAGAGGGAGGAUCUGGCUUCAGAGGGAUGAGCUCGGCGUUGGGAUAGGGUGGAUCAUAGUGUAAGAGAUCCGUCACGUCCACCAUAAAGAAGGUGACGUCGUCCUCUCGAAUGAAGUGAGCGAACUGCCGAGGCGAGGUGACAAUGAUAGAGGGAGAUGGUGUGGGCACUGAAGGCUCCGGAGGAGGAGGAUCGGGGCGUGGUGUCGUCGUGGUACCUAUGAAAGGUACGCGAUAAGUCUGUCCACUCUUCGUUUUGAGAACGAGAGUGUUGGUCGCCUAAUCGGCCUCGGUGCUGCGGAACCGACGAGACCACGGAGUGCCGAGAAUGAAGUCGUACCCCGUCU